AUGUCCUCUAGCACUAGCUGGGAUAAUGCGAGAAAGCAUGCUCGUGCUUUGGAAACCGCUUUGGAGGCCAAAUUGUCAGCAUACUCCAAAGCUGCGGUCGCCGUGGCUCGAACGUCCGCGACGCCUGGAAGUAGUAGUGCUGUCGAAGAGGGAGAGGGAGACCAUGAACUAUUGGAGGAACAGGUGGAAGAGUUACUGAAUAAAUUGGAUCAGGCUGUGGAUGAACUAUUCAACCUGAUCAACUCCCCCUCACAGCCACCCAGUUCAGCGAUGCAGCACGCAGCACAGAGACACCGCGAUAACCUAGAAGAUUAUCGACGCGAUUUCAUGCGGACUAAAAGCAAUGUUCGUCAAGCUCUGCAGCGGGUCAAUCUUCUUGGUUCGGUUCGCAAAGACAUCGACAACUAUCGCUCCGCUCAGAUGUCGCAGACAGAUGCAUUGCUCGCGGACCGCGGUCGCAUAGAUUCAAGUCAUCGCAUGAUGGAUGAUACACUAAAUCAGGCUUAUGCUACGAGGGAGGAUUUUGCGCAGCAGCGUUCCAUGCUGGCGUCUAUCGAAUCCCGGAUGGGCGGAGUUCUGAGUCAAAUGCCGGUGAUCAAUUCCCUUAUCAACAUGAUCAGGUCUCGAAGGCGGAGGGAUGCGAUCAUUUUGGGAUGCGUAGCCGGCGUGUGCAUGUUGCUCCUGUUGUACUAUCUCUUCUAG